AUGGUUCACUCGCUUCAGCAAUUUUCUGCUAUCGAGGAAGGUUUUGCUCAAAGUCUCGCAGAUACAUCUAUGUUUACUCUUUACUCUAGAGCAAACCACCUAAUUUUGCUGUUAUAUGUUUACGAUAUCAUAAUUACCGGUGACCAAGAGUCUCAUAUAGAUGCCUUUAUCAAAAGACUUAACAUUGAGUUCGCUAUGACCGAUCUAGGGGAACUCCACUACUUUUUAGGCAUUGAAGCAUCAAGCAUACCGGCUGGUCUUCUGCUUUGUCAGAAAAAAUAUGCUCUUGAUCUUCUCAACCAUACCAGAUUGACUGAUUGUAAACCAUUUGCAACUCCAGUAGCUUCGGGAACCAAACACUUUAUUCAUCAGGGUGAACCACUCUCCGAUCCUCAUGAGUAUCGUCAAGUGGUUGGGGCUCUUCAAUACCUGUCAAUGACACGACCGAAUAACUGCUAUGUAGUUCAUCAAGUCUGUCAACACAUGCAUGCCCCAACUACAGAACACCUCAAAGUAGUGAAACACAUACUCCACUACAUCAAGCAUACAAUUGGUGCUGGAAUUUCAAUCGUCAAAGGUCCACUCUCAUAUAUUUUUGCAUACUCUGAUGCAGAUUGGGCAGGCUGCCCAAACUCUAGACAAUCAACUACAGGUUUCUGUGCAUACCUUGAAAGUACUUUAAUAUCAUGGGGCUCAAAGAAAUAG